GAUAAAUGUGCCAGCAGUGGCAGGCCCAAAUCAAAACCGCUUCACUCAACGAGGUUCACAGAUAUAACCACUCUCUCUCUCUCUCUUUCUCUAACCGUUAUAUAUCAAAACGGAAACACACACCGUACCAGAGAGGAGAGCUUAGACUGAGGAUUUAUUUCUGCUGCCUCUGAGGAACGACAUGACCAAGGAGAUUGAGGCUCUGAUGAUUUUGCAGAACGAGAGCUUUAAUUACCCAUGCUACACUGAUAACUAUCUAAUGGAGUCCUGGAACUACAUAGACAUCGAUAGCAGCAAAACAAAAUCCAGGAUCCCUGAUGAUGAUAUCAACAGUAUCGCCAUCUUCAGUGAUAUUUGCAAGACUCCAAAAGAGCAGAAGAUGACAACCUGUUCACAUGUUGGCAGUCCAUUUAAACCGAUGGACAGGACACCCAACGGUUCUUCCCCUGAGCUGACACAGUUACAAAACUCUCACCUCUUGAAGAUGGUAUCCGGGAACAUUUCCACUACUCAGUCACAAGUCAUGAAACAAAUUUCUCCAAGCAACAACAACAACAACAACAACAACAACAACUACAUCCAGGCCGUCGCGGGCGACAGCUAUGAAAAGCAAGCCAUCAACAACAUAUUUGAUUCUCUUAUGCUCAACACACAUAAAAUGUGGCCUUCGGAUAUCUCCUACCCAAGUGACAGCACUGAACCUCCAGGCUACGGCACUGAGUUUGUGGGCCACCCAAGUCCUGAUUACUCCAGCUCAUACUCAAACUCUCCUCCUGAGAGGUAUAGCAGGAAUGAUUUUCAGUUUAUUCUCGGAGCAGCACAAGCCUCCCAAAACAAGAACACUGAGAUUCCUAUGGUGUACCUGAACAAGGGCCAGUUUUACCCCAUCACCCUGCAAGGUGUGGACAGCAGUGCUGGGAUACCUUGCAGCAAAGUAAAGACUGUGAUCAUGGCUGUGUUUGAAAACGAUAAGAAUCCUGAGAUGCAGCUGAAGUGCUGGAAUCACUGGCACGCGCGGCAGCCGACCGCUAAGCAGAGGGUCAUUGAUAUCGCUGACUACAAAGAAGUCUUCAGUGGCAUCAGCAACAUAGAAGAGGUCGCUUUUAAUGCACUAUCUUUCAUCUGGAACACCAAUGAAGAAGCUAAGGUGUUUAUUGGCAUCAAUUCCCUCAGUACAGACUUCUCCUCUCAGAAGGGGGUGAAAGGCGUCCCUCUAAACCUGCAGAUCGACACGUAUGACUUCAGCUCUGGCACCAACCGUCUCAUCCACCGAGCCGCCUGCCAGAUCAAGAUCUUCUGUGAUAAGGGAGCAGAGAGGAAGAUGCGAGAUGAAGAACGCAAAAGGGUCAGGAGGCGAUCUAAGAACGUUGCUGACUCAACUAAUGGCGGAAAACAAACUCUGGUUUCCAGCUCCAUGGGGAAAGACUGCACUUACUUUAAAGCCCUGGAUGACCAUGUCACACCGCCUGUGCUGUUUAUUCCAGAGACCCAUUACAGCAACCUCCAGCGUUUGGCGGUGACUACGAGUACAGAGGAAAGUGACAAGAACCCGCUGAAACGUGUGGCCUGUUUCUCUGAUUUAGGAGAGCAGGGUGGCUCACCGCCCAGCAAACAACCACGCAGGGAAGAACAGCAGAGAGUCCUCCUGUACGUACGGCAAGAAUCAGAAGAAGUGUUCGAUGCCCUCAUGUUGAACUCGCCCACCCUGAGAGGACUCAGACAAGCGAUUUCAGAAAAGUACGGUCUGCAAGAAGACACCAUCGGGAAAAUCUUCAAGAAGUGCAAACGCGGGAUCUUUGUGAACAUGGAUGACAACAUUAUCGAACACUACAGCAACCAUACCGCCUUCCUCAUCGAGAUCACAGAGGUCAUGCUCAAUCAAUACCAAGUCACGCUACUCGAGUUAUGAGUGACGUCGUCUUCAAUCGACGCAAGUCCCGCCCCCUCACUGGCAGUGUCACCCCAGCCUGCCAAUCAGAAAGCACUGCCACAUCUCAGCGAGAAAUAUUUUGUGCCACCAUGGGGACAAUAGAGCGCUGCAGGUUUACAGCUUACCGUCAGAACCAUAUUAAUUACCUCUGCAAAUCCAAUUUAUUUCCUAAUUUUUAUUAAUUAUUUUUUAAUCUUUUUUUUAAACCAAGCAAGCAAUUUAUGAUGCAUGGGAACAAAUGAGCGGAUAAAUGAACGAGUUGUAAAUAUGAACUGUAAAUAGAAGUGAAUAUUGUUAACAGAAGAUACUUUGUAUGUCUAAAAUAGGAUGAGAUUUGUUAAUAUUUGUGAUAGCUUUGCAAUAUCUGCCUGUUUGGGAAAAAAAAAAGCCCCAUCACCGCUGCUUUCUGUGGGCUCAUCAUUUCUGUGGAAGGAAAAGCAGAACAUGGUUGUGGUAUCGCUUCUGCAUGCUUGUGUGGAUUCCUUUAUCUUCAUGUAUGCACCUCUUAACAUUAAGCAGAGUUCAUACACUUCCGGUCAGGACUCUGUAGCUUCACGCUAGUCUGCCUGUUUCAGAUCUGAAACUGUCCGAGUCAAAACCAGGGCAGUUUUGGACUUUUAAACGUCACACAUUUCCUGCCCGCGGAGUGGCAUUUCUGUCUCAGUGUUUCACCUGUGAAAACUCAGUAGCUGGUGGCUUUAUGUUGCUCACCGCCAACUCUGCACAUUUCGAGGCUGCACGGGAUUUACGGGUUUCACGGCGAGGCAGUCUCCUGUCCUCCCACAUAUAGUUUAAAAGGAAAGAAAAAGAGAACCACAAAAAAAUUUGAAAUCAUCGGGAUAAAAAAAUCCAUGUUGAAGUUUUGAUUGAUGAUCUGAAUUUUUGUGGAUUUUUUUUUUGUUGUUGUCGUUUAUUUGGAUUUCACAUCACAAGCAUUUCAACUGCUUUGUGUUUCCAUUGUAUAUCUUUGGUAUUUUGCAACAGUUA